AUGGCAAAAAGGAGUAAGGGUCGCCAAAAGAUUGACAUGGUAAAGAUGCAAAAUGAGAGUAACUUGCAAGUGACUUUUUCGAAGCGUCGUGCUGGUCUCUUCAAGAAGGCUAGUGAACUUUGUACGCUAUGUGGUGCUGAAAUAGCCCUUGUGGUAUUUUCCCCGGGCAAGAAAGUUUACUCAUUUGGCCACCCUUGUGUGGAUUCAGUGGUGGAUAGGUUUCUCACAAGGAACUCUCCACCAAAUAAUGACCAUAACCAGCUCAUUGUGGCUCAUCGAAAUGCUAGUGUUCGUGAUCUCAAUAUGGAGCUCAUGAACAUUGAGGGGAUUCUCCUAAUGGAAAAAAAUCACGGAGAAGCCCUACAAGCAAGGAAGAGAGAUAACGGUCAUUGGUGGGAAGCUCCAAUUGAAGAACUUAAUUUUUUUCAACUGCAACAACUGAAGGAGGCAAUGGAAUGCAUAAAGAAGAAAGUUGAAAGAGAGGCACAAAACCAACAAAUGGUGACUGGUAAUGCAUUCCCAUUUCUCGCCUUUGGAAGUGCCUUGGCUCCUACUAGUGCUAGGGCAAGAUCUUCAUAUGGUUCUUAUGGCUCUUUUCCAUUUCAAAAUAGGGUUUCAGGACUCAACUUUGGUGUGCCUUAUGCUAACAGAUCCAGUGGAUCUACUUCUUCAAUAGUUCCCAAGUAG